CUCCUAUAGGCCGUAGACCUUCUACGCUCCCACAUCAGCGUUUGAAAAAAGAGAAGGCGGAAAGUCCUCCAGAGAUGGAUUCACCGGGGAGUGUUGAUAGUGACUUACGACGGCAGAACGAAGAGCUUCGCGCGCGAUUAGCUGGUGAAUCUGCUGACCAUAAACGAAGACUUGACGCUUACCGCCGCGCACAACAAGGCCAAGCUGCCCUAGUAUCAAGGCUUCAAGCAAAGGUCCUGCAAUAUAAGCAACGAUGUGCCGAACUGGAGAAUCAGAUGACGGAGUCUACUCCUCGCAGCGAACCGUCAUACCGUCAGCCCAGCAAGACGUGUAUAGCGCUCCCGGCGCCGGCCUCGUCUUCGUCAUCCGAUACACGAAGAGACGAAAGGAUCACCGACUUGGAGACUGCGCUGCGAAGACUCGAUGAAGAGAAACGCAAGUGCGAAAAGUUAGUUUCACAAAACAACUUACUCCGUGAACAACUAGAAGAGUCACAUCAACUGAAUGAAGCUCUCACCAAUGAUCUGCAGAAGUUGACCAAUGAUUGGGAGGCUCUGCGUGAUGAGAUGGCUAUCAAGGAAGAUGAAUGGAAAGAUGAGGAACAAGCUUUCAAUGACUAUUACUCCAGUGAGCACAAUCGUCUGCUAAGCCUGUGGCGGGAGGUGGUGGCGGUAAAGCGCUUCUUCUCUGAUCUGCAAACCAACACGGAGAGGGAUCUGUACAAAGUGAAGAAUGACUUUGAUUCAGUUACCAGGGAUUUAGUCGGGACUUUGAGUGGAUAUGCCAUCACAGCAUAUGCUACCCAAGAUCUAAAGCCUGAGAGUCAUCAGCCGCUACCAACGACUCCAAGUGCAAAUGUGGACACCUUAUGUUCUGAGCUUCGUGAUGUGACGUCACAGCGCGACGCCGCUACGUCAGAGCUGAGGGAGAGGGAUGCACGGAUACAGCGCCUGUUGGGAGAGCUGCAGGCAUUGGAGGAGCGUUGCGAGUGCGCGGAGUCUCUCUGCUCGGAAGCUAACGUGAUGCGAUCCGCGCUGGAGGAGGUGGCGCGAGCUCUGAUACAUGAUUCUGAAACUGAUGCGCCUGCGCAUAUGCAUAUCACUUCUGACAGGUCACCAAAGCGCGCAGUGCCGCAGUCAGCUAACGCGACGGCGUUCGCUGAGAGCACGAUAUCAGCGCUGCAGGCUGCGCUGCACAAGUACCAGAUACAGAUUCACGAUCUACAGGUGAAGCUGCAGAACAGUCGCGAGCAGCUGGCGACUAGUCGCAAGCACUGCGACGCUGCAGACAACAACAUUGCCUCGCUGGAGAACAAAGUACACGACUUACAAGUUAAAUUGGACCAAACGAAUGCGGAUCUAAACCAAGUGGUGCAGGAGCGCGAGUCAUUACAGAAGACAGUGGAAACACUCAGAAUCGAUAAGAACAAUCUGGAAAGGAAUAGACUUGAAAUCAAUGCUAUGGUUGAAUCCUUAACAUCAGACUAUGAGAAACUUCAGAAGAUCAACUCACGUCUGGAGAAGAAUAUAGAGGCAUUAGAGAAUGAGAAAAGAUCUUUAAACGCUGAAGUCGAUCAUUUACAACGCGAAGCUACUAACAGAGAAUCUGUUUUAAGGAGUGAGGAGGAGCGCUCGUCCCGGCUGCGCUCGGAGCUGGUGUCAGUGCGCGAGGAGCUUAACAAGGCGGCGCUGGCUCGCGACCUGCUCGACCAGCACAAGAUGGACACUGAAUCUAUAUUGUCACAGAUGGACAAACAUAGAAGUGAACUAGAAAUAGAAUUAGAAAGAACGAUACUAGAGCGCGGCGACCUGCAGGAUCUGGUGGAGAAGCUGGAAUCUGCUCUGAAGAAUGCUGAGAGCGACAAGAAGAAAUUACAAGAGGAGGUUAAACAAUUAGAAGAAGAAAGAUCAUCACUAUCAGGUCAGACAUCAGAGCUGCAGGGAGACCUGAACUCAUUGCGCAAGGAGCUGCUCUCAGCGGAGCAGACGCGCAUGGUGCUCGAAGCCGACAAGACCUCGCUCUACGAGAAGAUCAAGUUCCUGGAGGCUGACCGGGAGAAGGUGGAACUGGAGUUGAGACAAGUUGCCAGAGAGCGUGGUGAGCUGAGCUCCCAGCUGAGCGCGCUGGGCCGCAAGAAAGAGGCUGCGGGCGAGGAGAUGAUGCGGCUGCAGCAGCGGCUCGAGCAGGCCGCUGACACCAUCACCAGGCUCAAUCGCACCAUUGACCAACAUGUCAAAGACGCGGAGGAGAAACAGAUGACAAUAGAUAAUUUAGAAAAGGACAAGCAACAUCUACACGAGCAAUUAGCGGGUGUCCGCGCUGAGAAGGACGCGUUAGAAGCUGCACUCUUCGACACUGCCAACCUGCUGGAAGAUGCAGAGUCCCGCAGAGCCAAGUUAGAUCAGCAGCUGCAGGAUCUCAUGCUGCAGCAGGAGAACGCUAAAGGUCAGAUAAGCAGACUGAGCAAGGAGCUGGAGGUGAGCGAGAAGAAGUUGCGCGAAACUCGCAGCAGCAUGCAGCAGCAGUCCGGCAAGAAGGAGGCGGAGUACCAGCAGGUCAUCGCCAACAUCAACCGCACCACCAACGAGAACAUCACCAAGCUUAAAGAGGAGAAGGAGCAACUACGUCAAGCUCUGGAGCAAAAGUUAAACCAGACAAUAGCUACGUUAACGAGCGAGAAGGAAGCAUCGGAAGCCAGCGCGCGGGAGAGAGAGAAGAAGUUACUGGCGAUCCGCGACCAGCUGAUGCUGCAGCACGACGAGGCCAUGCUGCGCGCUGAGAAUGAUAAGCAACAAGCCUUGUUGAUGGCUCAUCAGGAGCAGCAGGCGCUGGCGGAGAGGUGCGAGGAGGCGAUGCGUGCGCUGGGCUGCGAGCGCGGCAAGCUGGAGCGUGCACGUCGUGACGCAGCAGCUCGCGCUGAGCAUGACCGCGCCGCCAACAACCAGCUCAAAGACGACCUCGCCGCGCUCAAGAAUAAACUAGAAGACACCAAAGCGUCAUUGGAAGACGAGUGCGGGCGGCUGGAGGGCCGCAUCAAGGAGUUGCACGGGGAGAAGGAGGCUGCGAUGCGCGAGGGUCAGGAGCUGCGCGCGCAGCUCGCCCUCGCUGAGGACAAGUACGACUGCACAUAUGUGCAGCUUCAGGACGCGCUCAGGAAACUCAAAGAGCUGGAGAACGAGUCAGAAAGUUUGCGCAAGGAGCUGGUGGAUGUGCGGCGUCAGCUGACGUGCUGCAGUGCGGAGCGUGACAAGCUGAGCGCGGCGGGACGUGACCUGCGCGAACACGUCAAGCGCGCCGAGCACGAGCGACGUGACGCCGCGCGUGCUAGAGAUGAUGCAUAUCAUAAGAUUGCCGGUCUGGAGGAGUCCCGUGCGGCUUUAGAGUCAGAGCUGGGGCGAGUGCAGUCGCUGCUGAAGGAGUCGGAGGGCGGGGGCGAGGCAGCGACGCGGGCGCUGCGCGGGGUGGAGGCGCAGCUGAAGCGGGAACGAGCCGCGCUAGAGCAGGCACAUCACGACCUGAAGGAGAUGCAGUCCAGGUUACAAAACGAGAGCGAGGAACGUGAGCGGUGUGCGAGUGAAGCAGGAUCAGCGAAGCGGAGAUGUGCAGAACUGGAGGCGUUGCUGCAAGCUGCACGGACAGACUUGGGUAGUGCUAGACAACGCUGCGCAGAUCUGGAGGAGGCCUGUCGUGCUAGAGACCAGGAGCUUGUAAUUCGCUUGGAGGACUGCCGCUCUAAAGAACGUCGCCUGGAAGAACUCAAACAUAAUUUAGAGGUGUGUCUAGCGGAUGCCACUCAACAGAUACAAGAACUUAAGACCCGUCUGUCGGCGUGCGAGAGCCGGUCGCGUGCGGUGGAGGGUCAGCUGUCACAGAGCGAGACGGUGCGGCGCGAGGCGGAGGCGCGGCUGUCCUCAGUGGCGCACACGUUGCGACGUGUCUGCGGCGUGCAGCCAGACGGCACGCUGCUCGCACCACGCCGCCGCAUCGCCAGCCCUGCCAGGAGAUACAGCCCGCAUAGAGGUCGUGACCAUUCAGAAGAUCGUAAUGAGAUAAUUGACGUGGAUCCUGAACUCAUUAAGAAAGGAGUUCGCAAUCUGAUGCAUGAAGUUUGUCAAAUAGAACGAGAAAAGGAUGACUACAAAUGUCAGUUACAAUCUCUGAAGAAGCAGUUAAAGGAUGCGACAGAGCAGCAAGGCAAGGGUGAAGGCAAGCUGCAGUCUCUCAGCAGCAAUGUUCGCGGGCUGCAGGAGGAGCGCGCUCGUCUGCACACAUCCGUCGCGCAGAAGGAGGCGCAGCUCAAUGCAUUGAACGAGUCAAUACAAUCAAAGACAACAGAGGUGAACAACUUGAGAGACAAGAUCACAAGUCUGGAGGCGACUUUGAGCUCAGUCACUGAAGAGAAAGUACAAAAUGAGAACAAAUCUGAGAAUCUGCGCGUUCAAUUAGCAGAGAGAGUUCAAGAGGUCGGCCAGUUAAGGGAGGCGUUAGCUGCCGCUGAGGGUCGUGCUGCGCGGCUGGACGUGCGACGUGCGCAGCUGGAGGGCGACGUGCAGCGCGCAGCAGUUGCCGCACGCGACAGGGAUGCUGCUCUCAAGAAACUUCAAGAGCGUUGCGAAGGCUAUCAGCGUACUAUCGCUUCAUUAGAAGACAGAUGCACCUCCCUGAAGGGUACAGUGGAGCAGCUGUCGAGUGCGCUGCAGAAGGCGGCUGCAGCAGAGAGCGAGCUGCGCGCUGACCUCAGCAAGACUCAGCGCGCACUCAACGAGGCCAAGAACCACGAGCAGAAUGCUAACGAUAAACUCAGGCAGAUACAGAAGACUGUUGCGACGUGUGAAAACGAGCGACGCGUGCUGUCAGAAAAAUUGGAGAGUGCUAAAGCCGCGCUGGGAGAACUGAAGCGAGUCAACGCUACAUUAGAAGACCAAGUGCAUCGACUCACCAAUCAACUUGCAAACAUAGAAGUGCAAAAGUCCGGUCUUGAAUCACAGUUACGUUUAAAUACGUGGGAGGGUAAAGAGAGUGGGGACAGUGAGACGGAGCGCGAGCUGCACGCACUACAGCGCGAGCGCGCCGAGCUGCGCGCGCAGAAUGAUGCGCUGCAGGACGCCGUGCGCCGGCUGAGCGCGCCCGCACGACACGGCCCCGCCCCCAACUCCGCACUGACACGCCCCGCACACCACGCCCCCCUCGCCCACUCCGCCGCGCGCAGCAAGAGCCACGAUCGGGAUAAGCCAAUCUACUACUGUGAUAUUGACUCCGGUGGUGAUUCGACAAAGGAUUCGGUGCGUGAUGUUAAGGAGUCGUGCACAUGCAAAAGCAAGAGUUUCAGCGCGGAGCUCAGUCUGCUGGAGCUGGAGAACAGGGAGCUGCGCAUGAAGAUACGUCGACUGGAGAAGGAACUCUCUGAUAAGGAGGCCGAGCUAUCAGUAGCUCGUAACCGGUACAUAUCGGAGCUAUCAACAAGCGGUGGCAGCAGACGUGAUGAUGUGGAGCAGUACCGGCAGGCGGCGCUGCAGGCGGAGCGUCUGCUGGAAGCGCGCGAAGCUUCCCACAGGCAGCAUAUCGCCCGUCUAGAAGCACAGGCGGCGCAGCUGCGCACCCAGCUGUCAGCUGAGCUGCGCAGACGGCAGGCGUACGUGGCGCGCAGUGGGAGAGCUGCGCGCGACGUGCAGCGACUGCGCUCCGCACUCGGAGACUCAUUGCGCGCUGUCUCACAGGACCCUGCUUUAGAUGCGUACACACUGGAACACGAAGCAAGGAAGCUGGACAACACGCUGACACACAGCCUGCCGCCUCUCAACGAUAGCUAUGACUCCUCAAAGUAACCACGAUAAUACGUUCAUAUUGAUGACGUCAACGUGGUCACGUGACUGAUGACGUCACAAACAUGUACCUACAUGUAUUUAAUUGCGGUUCAAUGUACGUCAUAGAACGUAUCCCUGGCGUUUAAUAACGAAAAUUGAAGAAACACUGAUACAAAAAGUUUUAUUUUAUGUUUUUUUUUUCAAAAAGAUGGCGUUGUUAUAAAUCUUAGAGUAAUUUUGGUUUUAUUAUUGUUUUGGACAGAAUGUUUAAACAGAGUUUUUGUUCAAACGUACAAAUUUAUUAAAAAAAAUAAUCUAAAAUGUUGAUAUAAAAUUACGUUACCAAUUAAUCACGAAAUUAGUAACCGUGGGUUUACGAGACCGAAAUAUUCGUUUAAAAAUGUUUUAUACAGAGAUUUUGAUGUCAGAAACCAACGAUAAGAUUAUUUUUUAUAUUUAUUACGAUUCAUUCAUACGUGUAAAACAAGGAGAGUUGUACAUUAAAUUAAAUGAAGUUGGAGUGAUUUUAACCACAUUAACAGGAAAACAGAUAUAUUUAACUUGAUGGUCAUUAAUUUACACUCAUUUUUGUAUCCCAUUCCCUUUGAAAAAAUUAAAAUCACUAUUUUUGUUAUAUUAUAAGAUGGCAAAUGAGCAAAGGCUAGCUAAAUUCGCUGAAAUAAAGAAGCAAACUUUGCCCACCUUUAAUUGACGCAGGGGACGCACAGAUAGACAAUAUUUCCCCUCCAAAUACGUCCCCUCCUCUGUCAAAUCUACUUCCUAUGCUUAUAAGAGAGGGAAGGGAAGAUGAUAAAAAUUAGGCCUCCGUCUUUAUUUUUGUUUCAGCAGUGGGAACUCACUUUUCAAUUAUCAGACGUCAUUAAAACUGUUUAUAUUUGGUAGUGAUGUUGCAAAUUCCGUAUACCGGAAGGUGAAUGUACUAAAAUCGGUAAAUAUAUAAAAAAAUCUAUCGUCGUUAUCAAAAAAUUGACGCACCAUGUAAAUAUGAUGUGAUAAUGCCUCGCUAGAUCAACGCAAUGAGUCCGGGUUAGGGCGGACACACACUACUCUGUUACAAUACAAUAUUAAUUGGUAUUGUUUAAAUUAAAGGUACAAAGAGCGAUUUACAAAAAAAAAUAAUUGAAAAAAAUCUUCGUAUGUAUACCCU